AUGCACUCAGUUAGUUAUGGCCAGUCACCAAGGAAACAGACGGCUCACAAAACGGUCCGAUUCGAAAUAAUAACAUAAUCUUAAUAAUAAUAUUAUUAAUUCAUCGCCGCUGCAUAAGUAUACGUAUAAUUUGUACUGGCAUAUCUGCUCAGAUUCGGUUCUUUUUGAAAACUAUAAACCUUUUAUAUAUAUAUAUUUAUAUAUAAUAUUUACGCAGUCAUCAUACCUACCAAUCCGUAUACACGACACACGUUGUUGUUAUUCACCACCGUAUUAUUUAACCGUUUUGUAUUCCACUGCCCGCGGCUCCUCACGUCUGUAAUAAGUUUACAAGUUUAUACGUUUUCCAAAACAAAAAAAUCUACUUACAUCGCCUCCCCACUAACAUACAUAUAUUUGUAUACUUUAUAUUACUGGAAAAUGGCAUCAACUUUUAUCUCGUUAGUGAUCUUUGGGUUUUCUUUGAUAUGGUAUACAUGCUCGGCCGACCCGAUUGCGAUGGAUAACUGCUGGCGAAAAGUGUGGUCUCUGACGCCGUCAUGCACGGAAAUGGACGGCUCUACGGACAGUUCUAUGGGAAAUCCAAGGCUUUGCGUCUUUCAGUCGAGAUGUGACAAUGCAUCGAGACCGAACUCGUGUACAGUCGAGUUCGUUAGUUAUGAAGAAAAUUAUCCGAUCAGAUCAAUGGCGAUUCCUGCAGAUAAUCAAAUGCCGAUUUCACUAUCCAAAAAGUCUACGACUGCUGAAGCUUGGAUUGGAGGUUUCGUGUCAGUUGGCAUCAUAAGUCUAUCGGGGCUGGUAGGUGCAAUAUUUUGGCCUUUGCUCAACGACCCGAAUCGAAAGAAAACUGUAAUGAGACUACUUUUGGGCUUAGCCACAGGAUCAUUAUCUAGUUCAGCUGUAUUUCAACUUCUUCCAGAAGCGUUCAAAAUACCAGAGUCGUUUCCCGACUACAGACACACGGCUCUAAUAAUGUGGUUGAGCUUGUGGGGAUUAUAUAUGUUCGAAACGUUAGCCGGCAUCAUUUUCCACAAAGAAGAAAAAAAGAUAGGAAUCGACGAACUAUCGCCGUCACUUCAGCUCACCAACGGUAACGGGACCGAAAUGAAACAAAUAUCGCACGGGCACGGUCACAGUCACAAUCAUAAAUUAACGAAUAAAUCUAUGGACGAAGAGAGUCCAAUUUCGACGUUAGCCUUACUGGUGCUAUUCGGCGACAGUCUACACAACAUAAUCGAUGGCAUGUCGAUUGGUGCUGCUUUCUCGGAAAAUGUCACCACCGGGAUAUCCAUAUCGAUUGCGAUUGCGUGUGAGGAAUUCCCGCAUGAAAUCGGAGAUUUCGCUAUACUAAUCCAGUCCGGUAUGUCGUUCCGUCGUGCUUUGUCAUUUAAUUUCCUGUCAGCUUGUACAGCGUUUAUAGGUUUGGUCAUUGGUAUUUGUUUGGGAAACAUGGAAUAUUCUGGGUUUGUGUUCUCUUUCGCCGGUGGACUGUUCUUAUUCAUUACUUUAACACAUUUGACACCUGAAAUGAAGAGUAUGAUCGAUGAAAACCUGACUGAGAGCAAAUCGUCUGCAUACACUGGCCUGCUAUUGCAAAAUAUUGGGAUGUUGACUGGCGCUACUCUGAUGUACAUCAUCACGUUUUCGGGUUUCAUGAAAAUUUAAUGAUACAUUAAUAUUUCAAUAUUAUACAUAAAUAUUUAUCAUACACUAUCCUUUGGCAUCUGGUGGAGGGUCUUACGAAAUUCGACUUAUUUAUAUUAUUUUAAUUAUCACUACACCGUUCAUUAUACAAUAAUAUUAUUUUAAUUUUAAACAUAAUAAGUAUCUAACACGAGGAAAAACUCAAUGUAAUAAUAUGAUGGCCAAAAUAAGAUAGUAGAAAAUAAUACAUGUCAAAAUGUUGUCAAUGGUCAAAUAUUUUACAAGGUUAAUCGUUAAUAUAUUUUUUUUAUUUAUUAAUGUAUAUAUUAUGUAAAACUGCUUAGGACGUCGUUUUGUGAUAAUUUAUUAAAAUUCACUUAUUUCUAAUAUCGUUGAUUACUGCAAAGAAAUAUUUUAUUUUAUAAUAUUAUGAAAGAUAUAUAUUAUUAUAUUAUCAUUAAUAAAUAUAGGUACCUAUAUACGGCUAUACUACCUAAAAAAUAAUUAAUGUAAAUCAAUUUUUACGGUAUAUUAUGAUUCUCUGGUUGUAACUUUGAUUUUUAAACCAGACAAUUUCGUUCAUAUUAUUCUUCUCAUAAACCUUAACUUAAUCAUUUUAGAAUUAAGAUACUUAUAAUUUUAUUUUAAAUAGUUUCAGAAUAUUUUUUAAAAACAUGUUUAACUAGGUUGAUAUCUAAAAUUAUAAACUAAAGCCACCCGAUAUAUUUUAAUUUAUUAUUUAUUUCACCAUCGUUAUAUUACGUUUCUUUUUUCUUGUUAAGUUUAUUUAAAUAUGUAGACAAUCAAGUAUUUCUUGAACUAAAAGGUUCUACCGCAUAGUAUAACAUAUUAACAUAACAUACAAAGAAAACUUUUGUUCAAAAUUUAAUCGUGUGUAUCGUUUUAACAACAUUUUGAUAUUAAAAUUAAAGUUUUAGGUUUGUUUGGUAAUUUAAAAUUCACUGGUAUAGUAACUGACUUGAAAUUGAAAUGUUUCAUAAGUCGUGUUAACUGAAUUCAACCAGUCCUAAGUCGAGAUAAACAAAAUUUAAAAAAAAAAUUUUGUAAUAUAUCUUAGAUAUCAAAACCUCAUGUUUAAUCCAUAAUUCAAUUACCCAAAUAGUUUAAAUUUUCUCAAAAAUCUUUCAUAAUUUUAUAUUGUUUUAAUUGUUAGCUUUAUAUGAUACAAUAUUAUAGUUAAAUUAUAUUAUAUUUAUUCAGAUCCUGGCCUGAGCGUUUAAAACUUUAAAAGACUUAUUGAUGGCUUAGAAUUUUGACAACCUCCGCAGAAUUCUAAACUAAAUUUCACUUUAAGCUACUGCUCGUCUUAUUUACCCCUUAAUCCGGGUAUCAAAAUGUAUUUUAAAAGAAUCUUAAGUUACAUACAUUAUAUAUGUACAAUAUACGGAUACGAUCAAUUUUAUUAUAAUCAUUUGAAGUAUUGAUUUGAUUUUAAAGUAUUUUGCCUUUUAUGAUGUUGGAUAAUAUUUCUGAAGUUACAAGUAAAUUUAAUAUUUUUAAAUUUUAAGUUAUUCCAUCUAAAACUGUUAAUUUGUGAGAUUGAUUAUAAAUUAGAAGAAUAUAUGAAAAUAUGAAAUGUAUUUUAUUUUUAAAUAAUUAACUAUGUUCAAUAUAUUUUUUUUAUUCUAUGUUGAUUUUUAACUUGUGUGUAAUUGUAUUGAUUAUUUUACUAACAAUAUUAUGUACAUAAACUGUAUAGUGUAUAAUUAAGUUAAUUGUAUUAAAUAUUAUUUUAAGAUAGACUGUUUAGAAUGUGAAGUUGUGCCAAUCAAAACAUUUAUUAGUAUAACAUUUAAAUUGAUUUAAUAUUUUGAUAAAUAUUUGAACGAAUAUUUUGAUAUUGAUUCUUGUACAAAAAUCAUAUUGUUUUAAAUGUUUUAUUGUUUUAGCGGUAUAUCAUCAUUAUAUUAUUAUACUACUUUCUAUUGAA